AUGUCUGCACCAUACAUUAAGAGCGAGCCUGACGAGUUUGGCAAUGAUCCAAACCGAUACAUGCAGAACCAUAACUUCAACAACCAUGGCAACUUUGAUCAAUACUUCAACGAUCAACAGGGUGGCAGUAUCGAUCCCUCGGCCUUGAGUAUGUUUGGUGGUAACUCCGGCGGUAUGCAGUAUGGAUCUGGAUACAAUAACAUGUCGAAUAGCUACAGCAACAUGGGCACCUCUGCUGCCUUCGACGACAGUGAGCUGAUGGAAGGCCUGGGCGACCCUAAUCAGAUGGAUGACUACAAUGCCAUGUCCUCCAUGAAUCAACAACAGGCGCGCACGAAACAUUCCAUGCCCAUCAAUGCAAGCCAGGUCUACUCUAGCACACCCGAUGGUGCUCCGAUCCAAAGCCCAUACCUUGGUCAACCCGACUACAAUCACUUUCGUAACCUCAGCUCCAUUCCACAACAUCUGUCACCCCUUCAGGGCCCUGGCUUCAUGUCAGGCUCGCGUCCGGGUAUGUCUGCUCACCGCAAGUCGUCAGAUCAGAGGAGUCCGAUGACACCUCGGACGGCUGCAAUGGCAAACCUCCAGAUCGGCACGCCCGAAUCUGGCAGUCUGGCCAAUGGUCGACCAAUCCGGUCUGAAAGCGUACAAAACCGCCACAUGAAGACUAUGUCUGGUCAGUACGAUAGCACGCCUGGUAGUCUCAACUCAUAUCUCGAUUCACCCCUUUCAUCGCCUGGCAAAGGUCAGCUGCAUGCCGGCAUUGGGGAGACUAUGGGUGGCGCUCAUGCAUCGUUGCCCACCAAGGUAGAAGGAGGACACUCUAGCAGUGCGCAGGAAUCACUUGAGGCUAAGAAGCGCAGGCGGAGGGCCAGCCAUAAUGCCGUCGAACGUCGUCGUCGUGACAACAUCAAUGAGCGGAUUCAGGACCUUUCGCAUCUUGUGCCGAUGCACCGCCUUGAGGACGACAAAGUCAAGAAGCAAAUGGCUACUGCUGGUCCGCUGUCACCGAGUAUGGGACCCACAGGCAUCAGUCCACCCAAUGCUGCGACAUCACUACUCGCUGGUGCUAGUGGACGACGUGCAGCCAGCACGGCUGGUAACAUCACCAUGGGUUUGCCGAUAGAAGAUCGGGACAAAGGACCUAACAAAGGUGACAUACUUAACGGCUCUGUCAGCUGGACGAGGGACCUCAUGUGGGCUUUGCACCAGAAGUACCUACAGGAAGCACAACUUGCAACACUCAUCACCCAGCUCGGCGGUGAAUGGCCUUUCCCCAUGGACGAAGACGAUAAGCGAAUGCGCUCCGAGGUGAUGGAGGCUAUGGAGAAGAACGACGUGAAGACCUUCGCCUACACAAGGUUCGACGGCAGCGGACUGAGAGUGCCUCGUUACACCAACCUCACUGGCGAUAAGAUACCCAGCAAUAACUCGAUGAGUCCGAACUCGAACUUCGAGAUGAGCCCCGGCUUCAAUAGUGGAGCAAGUGGGAGUGGCAGCAAUGGUCCAGGCCAGACACAGUACUGGAACACGGCUGGUCACGUAGGCAUCAGCUUCAAGGAGGAAGACGAAGAGGACAUGGACAUGUGA